AUUGAAAGUGUCUCAGUCACAAAGUCUGAACAGUUUUUUCUUACGGAUGCAAGUUCCAGUUCGUACAGCUGAGGGUGAGCCGUGUGUUUCGGAGCGGCUCUGCGUUUUAAACGCUAGCUGCUCGGGGUUUCCAACCUUUCAGGGAUGCGAGAAGUUUUCAACCAGUCGAGUUUUUACCCGACUGCAACGUUAGCUGCUGCUGCUGCUGUCAGGAGUUUCAGUAAGUAAGGCUUAAAUACUGAGGGGCUCGGCUCGAGUACACCAGGCAAGGUAAAGAGCUAGCACCAAACUCUUGACUGGUCUCUGUUUACUAAAUGGGCUGGACAACGCUUGAGUUAGUUUUGCCCAAGCUGGGGUCUUUAACGGGGAGUGGUACAUGGUUGCGUUUCAGAUCUGCAGCAUGUCAGCAGCGCUCUCCAUACUGUAGUUACGGACAGGGAGCCAUCAGAACUGACACCUGCCAGGAAAAAAAUCGCGUGCAGACGGAAGAUGCGCUGAGGAAUUUGUCUGAAGCAGCAAGGCGCUGAUACGCUCAGCCUCAGAGGAAACGGAAAACCGGCGCCUGGCAGGCUCCAGCUGCAAGUGCUCUCAGCUCCAUCAUCUGGGACUCCAUGGCCGCCAUGGCUGCUGCUGCUGCUUGAUUCAUUGCACUGUGCAGUUUUCCUCAUUGUUGUUCUCCAAACCUUUCCUGUGUGCUGUGGCUUCAUGGAGGGAUUUCCUGUGCACUGAGCUAGCAGGCUGCCCACUGGACCAGCUGCCAUGUCAGCUUGCAGCACCUUCACCGAGCAUGUGUGGAAGCCAGGCGAGUGCAAGAACUGUUUCAAACCAAAAAGUCUGCACUGCUUGACUCAGAGCAGUGGGGGGAAGCCCCCCUCUGAGCAGAGACCGCCAUCAAACCAACAACAAAAUCCACUUCCUGCUAGGACCAGAGCUAACCCCAACCUUACCGCCAACUCUCAGCGGGCAGGAGGCGGACCUGCACGUUCAGGACACAUCCGCCCUCCUGUGGCCAAGAAGCCAACCAUUGCUGUGAAGCCCACUAUGAUGCUGCCCAGCUUAUCUGUAGGACUGGAUUCAGAUGGCAACUUGUCGCAGCAAACAAAUGUAAUAGAACCAGGUAAAACAUCGGCUUUUACUGCCUGGAACCGCAAUGGACUGAACAGUAAAAGGCCUGGUGGGCCCAACAAUAACAAUGAAGGAGAGGAUGACAGUGAGGAAAUUGAAGGUUAUGGACAACUCAGUCCAAGGACACCCAGUGGAAAUAAUAACAGCGGACUGACGGAUGUCCUUAAAGAGAUCGCUGGGUUGGGUCCAGGUUCUAGCCCCACACUCCUUUCUGGUUCCAAAGACCUAUUUUGGGGGCGAAUCAGUAGCUCAUAUCGUAGGUCCCUAGAGAGAGGCCUUCCAGCUUCCAGCUGUCUGGCUAUAGGAAGCGGCAGCAGCGAAGGUGGCGCUCAGAAGCGGGUAUCGCUUAGUGAUUGCACCAAGAUCAUAAGCUCAGAGGGUGGACGCUUCUGCUACCCAGAGUUUUCCUGUGACGAUGAAGAUGAUGAUGAGGAUGAAGAGGAAGACGAGGCGGGUGAAACUGAGAAGGAUGAUGAGGAGCAUGAGAGCUGGGAUGAAAGCGACGAAGAAUUACUAGCCAUGGAAAUCCGUAUGCGAGGCCAGCCGAGAUUUGCUAAUUUUCGUGCCGCCACCUUGUCUCCAGUGCCCUUUGCAGUGGGGAAAAAAUGGAAUACGGUGCCCCUUCGAAACCGUUCAUUACAGAGGAUCUGUGCAGUGGACUAUGAUGAUAGCUACGAUGAGAUCUUGAACGGAUACCCCUCUAAUGGAAGCCUUCUUCCCUACGGACCUCGUGAGACGCAAAGCAGUGCUUUCCUCUCAAAUUCAGAGUCUACAACCUCUCCAGAAUCAUCGUCAUCACUACAAGAAGACUCUCAAACGAUUUCCAGUAGUGGUAGCAGUGUGUUUAAAAAUGGCUUGCUUUCGCCUACAUCUUCCAAGGCACUUGCACCGUGUACAACCCCCCCUACAAAAGAGACUCUCAAAAGGGCUCUAAGUCCACCCAAGGUGGCUGAGACCCACAAGGCAGUGCUGGCAAUUAGACUAGAGGACCAGGAUGGCAGGGAAGGGAUGCCAAUGCCUCAAGCACUUCCUGGACAGCCAGUUACGAUAAGUUUUAGCCCUACAGAGGAGCAGGCUAAACCAUACCGUGUAGUUAAUUUAGAAAAAUCCCUCAUUUGUAAACCUUACACUGUGGUAGACGUCUCAGCAUCGAUGGCCAGUAAAGAUGAACAGAAACAGGAUUCCUCGCCACGACCCAAAAACCUGCCAAAACCCUCUAGUCCGACAUCAUUCUGUAGCACUCCUUUAGUCCAGCCCCUCUCGCCAGUGUCUCCUCUUUCCCCAUCUUCUCCUUUGAGGUCAGUAUCACCUUCAUCCAUUGCUCUGUCACAAAAGAAAACCGGCCAAAUACGAUACCAAGAAGUAUGGACGUCAAGCACGAGUCCUCGGCAGAAGAUACCUAGAGUGGAUCUGGGGAGUAAUUCUGGCCAGUCUGUCACGCCUCAGUUUUGCAGUCACAAGUCGGCUCCCACGUCUCCCAUCGCAGGCCUGUUGUCCUCUCGAACUGUACCCGUAAAAUCUCCAAAUUUAUCAGAGAUCAAGUUUAACAGUUUCAAUAACGCUGGCAUGCCUCCUUUUCCUAUCAUCAUCCGAGAUGAGCCGGCCUAUGCCCGUAGCGCUAAGAAUGCAGUCAAGGUACCCAUCGUUAUCAACCCUAGUGCGUAUGACAAUCUUGCGGUGUACAAGAGUUUCUUGGGUCUUCAUGGGGAGCAGUCGCAAACAAAAACGGGUGGCGGUAGGGUUACUAGCCAUACCUAUGAAGAGAUAGGUUCCUCCGAGAGUGUCCAGUCCUCAUCCACGGAAAAAACUCUGUCUGGGAGAGGCACAACAGAGCAGACUUCAUUUGAGGAGACAAAAUUUACACUUGAAUCAGUGCCAAGUUUGCGAGUUAGAACCACUACAGAUUCAAGCACUGUAACGAGCACUGUAAUGAGCUCCGCAUCUGGGGCCCUUUCUCCCACUACAACAAUUUCUUCUGCCAGUCUUGCCAUUACUGCAAAUCUAGUUAAAACCAGCCCUGCUGCUAAUGCUGUUGCACACUCUUAUAGGAUAAGUGGAGAUGAUGAUGAUAAAGGCGUAACUUCUCCUUCUGGGACAGGUGUAAGUCACAGAGAGGAGGCCAGCGCAGUUCUGUCACAGAUUGUAGCGUCUAUCCAGCCUCCUCAGUCGCCUCCAGAGUCUCCCUCGGCACAAACCAAAACCUUCAGCUCUGAGGAGUUGUACGCCCUCCCUCCUGACGCCAUGAAGGAGACUCUUUCACGACCCAAGUCUCUGUUUUCCACCACUGACGGCUGUCUUUCCAAGCCAAAAAAGGAAAACCCCUCAAAGGUUUUGUCAAAAUCCCAGAGUGCCUCUGCUGCUGUCCCACUCGCCAGUCCCCGAUCUGAGCCCAGUGCCCCCUACCCGCCCCCGAGGUCCACAUCCUCCCCUUAUCAUGCUUCUAACAUACUUCAGAGACAUUUUGGCAACUGGACAAAGAGCUCUGCCUCCAGCUCCCCAGCGCGACCCGGUGAAGGCGAAUCGAGCCCCAGCGGGGAGGGGAGGCGGGCUUCAGCCGAGAGUUCAAAACCCAAAAGGUGGAUCUCCUUCAAGAGCUUUUUCCGGCGGCGGAAAGACGAGGACGAUCAGAGAGAGAAGGCGGAGAAAGAGAAAGAGAAAGGCAAACUGGUCGGACUGGACGGAACUGUGAUUCACGUUCUUCCACCUCCACCUACCCAAAACCAGCACUGGUUCACAGAGGCCAAAACGGAAGAUCCCACCCAGAAACCUACCAUCAUCUUCACAUACAAACCAGACACUGGCAACAGCAUCGGGGAUGGAGAUGGAGAGCUGUGCAUAGAAGAGUGCAGAGAGACUGAUCUGCUGGCAGAAGAGAGCAGGGACUCUGAACCUCUGAGCCCAGGGCAAACUGCACCAUCAGAAACCGCUGGAGGAGACGCCAGCAGCAAAGACCUCAGCCAGGUGCCGGCCAGCCAUUCCAGGGAGCGGGAGCUGCCUAGGGUCAUCCCUCUGCCUGCCAGAGUGAAUCUGGGGCUGGUGUUCGGGGACACCCACGAGGGCCACGCCAACCAGGCCGACCCAACUGUGACCGCCAGCGAGGGCAGCAUCAGCCUCGGAGAGCCGGAGGACGAUGGGAAUCACUCUCAUCACUCCCACUCUCCUUCGCCCAGCUGGUGCAGCGCCACCUACAGCAACCUAGGUCAAUCAAGAGCCAACAUGAUUCCACUGAAACAACCACGGAACCUCAAGGCUUCCAACGACACUUUGUCCUCCAUGGAGCUUGACGGCUCCGCGGAGCAGCCAGCAUCUAAAGCUACACCGCCGCCUCUGCCCAAGAAGGUUGUCCCUCGCUCCAUCACUGAACCCAGCCUCGGGGUCAAAGAGCUCAGCCAGGGAGCCCUCCGACCCCGGGCAGAGGCUAAACCGGGCGGCACCAACCUGAGCGUGGCCAACCCUCUGUAUGACCUGGACUCUACCUGGGAGACGGCUAGCCAGAGUUCCUCUCUGAGCUCGGAGCCGCACCGAGCUCACGACCAGGAGAGUGGGGACUCUUUGGAGAGAUCAUCCGCCUCCGCAGCCGCAAGCAAGGGUCGCCUGACUAACAGCGUGUCCGCCCUCAGCCCCCCGCCUACCGCUUCCACACCAGUCGCUACCUCUGGCAAGGACAAGAGGGUCUUCCCAAGCACAGAGUCUCUGGGCGGAAGGGGUCGGACUGCGGGCCGUGGAGCCACUGGCGGAGGGGCCUCCAAGCCACAUAGACCCGCUCUCUAUAGGGGUUUGGACAGCUGGGAUGAGGUGGUGGGCAGGAUCCGGGGACUUCACACGGACACCCUACGGAAGUUGGCGUCGAAAUGUGAGGACCGCUUCAUGGCCGGCCAGAAGGACCACCUUCGAUUUGGCACUGACAGCUGGUCACACUUCAGGUUGACCACCGGCAAACCGUGCUGUGAGGCAGGGGACGCCGUCUACUACACCGCCUCUUACGCCAAGGACCCACUGGUCAACUACGCCAUCAAGAUCUGUCGCAGUCAUGUGAAGGAGACACAGCAGCAGUUUUUCCACAGCCUGGCGGUGAGACAGAGCCUCCCGGUGCACUUCAACAUCCAGCAGGACUGCGGACACUUCCUGGCUGACGUCCCCGCCCGACUGCUGCCUUGGGAAGAGGAAGAGGAGGGAGAAGAUGAAGAGGAGCAGGAGGAGGAGAAGCAGAGAGACAAGAAUCAUGAAGGACAGACAGAGAUGGACACAAAACCGACAGACUCUGAAGYGUCGAAAGCUAARUCGGAUGAGGUCCCGGCGGCGGGGAACAUGAACUCAGCGGGUCAGCUGAGGAGCCGAGUGGUGGUCAUCACGCGCGAGGUGCCCUUUCAGACGGUAGCGGACUUCGUGGGGGAGGGUGUGGCUCGGCACGCUCACAACCCCGAGCUGUACGAGCGUCAGGUGUGYCUCCUGCUGCUGCAGCUCUGCUGCGGCUUGGAGCACAUGAAGCCCUACCACGUCACACACUGCGACCUGCGGCUGGAGAACCUGCUGCUUGUCCACUGCCAGCCCGGCAACCCCUGGAACCUGGACGUGCUCGAGCCCAACAAUAACAGCAGCAGCAGCAACAGCUCGGGGGCCUCAGCCGCCGCCACCUCCACCUGCCCUGCACGCCUCAUCAUCAGCAACUUCUCCCAAGCCAAGCAGAAGAGCAGCCUCAUGGCGGCCAACCAGGAAACGCUGCGCGACCAGUCACGGCUAGCGCCCGAGAUCAUCACGGCCACGCAGUACCGCAAGUGUGACGAGUUCCAGACUGGGAUUCUCAUCUACGAGAUGCUGCAUAGACCCAACCCAUUCGAGGAGAUGCCGGACCUGAAGGAGCGAGAGUACACCUGGGCGGACCUUCCGCCGCUGCCCGUCAGGUCGCUCUACUCCCAGGGGCUGCAGCAGCUGGCCAGGCUGCUGCUGACAGUCAACCCGUCGGAGCGGAUCCAGAUGUCUGAGGCGCGCGCCUGCCUGCAGUGCCUCCUCUGGGGGCCGCGGGAGGACCUGUUCCAGGCCCUGGGCUGCGGCGGCGGUGCCGGCCCCGUGUCGGGGGCCACCGCCAGCCAACGGGAAGCUACRCUACAGAACUGGCUGGACCUUAAACGGACGCUGAUGAUGAUAAAGUUCGCGGAGCGUUCACUGGACACGGCCUGCAGCGUGAGCCUGGAGGACUGGCUGUGCUGCCAGUACCUGGCCUUYGCCACUACGGACAGCCUGGGCCGCGUGGUCCACAUCCUGCAGCAGCCGCCACAGCAGCCCCACAACCAGAACCAAACCCAAACACAUCCGGCGCACGCCCACCACCUGGCUCAGCCACAGCAACUCUAAGCUGUUACUAUGGCAACACCUCCAACUUCUUCCCCUCUGUCUCUGCUCCCUUCAGCUGAUGAAGUGUGAUGUAAGCUAACGGUGAGCGCCAGCCGAACGCGGAGCGGUUUGUUUUCCCCGUCGGACCACACGGCGAGAGAGACGGCAUCUCAUCAAGCAAACAGCACGACCUCAUGAUCAGAUCCCAUUACUGCAAUGUUCUUAAAUCAAGUUCAGCAAUGAGCCGAAGCAYAGGAAGUCUGCAGGAGUCAAUCUGAUCAGGAGCAGCAACAAGUUACCAAACAUGCAAGGAGAUUUUAGCCAUCAGGUUCUUUAGAACGCUCUUAGCGCCCAAUCACGGAUUAGAUUAAUUUUAGGGUUGUAUAAAAAAAAAAAACAUAGAUGAUUUGAUAUUGAAAAAUAAUAAACCAAGAUCAACCAAUAAACCAAAAUCAAAAUUUUAACUCCUUAACACUUACAGGCAGGUCAAUGGGUCUAUGAGGACACUGGUGUCGUCAUGACAGUUUAGUGGUUUAAAACUCAAAACUGAUGCAGAGUAGAUGAUGACUCACUGAAACCAAAGAUCAGCCACAAGCUGCCAACUGCAGCAUGAAAUGAUAGGGUUUUCUGGCUACAUMAGAGACAUGUGGGUUUCAGAUCUGGUUUUGGUGAAGCUUUCGAUUUUGAUUUUAGUUGAAUAUUAGAAGAUAUGAAAAUAUCAUUGAAUUGUGUCUUUUAGCACUGUGUGAUUAAUUAUAUUAGGAGAAUCGGCAAUGUCACACUGUGUGUCAGCAAUUGCUGUAAAAAAGGAUUUUAUUAAUUAAAAUGAGAACAGUUAUUACAGAGUUGACAUUAAACUAGCUUUGCCAACUUAUAUUGGUGUUUAGCAGCAUUAGUGCAGUUUGCAUUAGAAAAACGGGUAAUUCCCAGAUUUCUAAAAGGCUGUCAGCAUUUCAAAAAGGAUGAAACUGAGCAAUUCUCCUCUCAAAUGUUUAGUCUUCCUGGKAUGUGCUUGAAGUCUUGCUUUCUCUCACUCACUUGCAGCCUGAAAGAAYCGUAGUCGUCUUACCACAUAAAAUAAGUAACUUACUUCUCUGUUCUCCCUCUGAAUUCAGCUGUGACCAACUUAGAUUCAGUCUUUCAUUCAGUAACUUAGCUCUGUUAYCAACCUGGUUGCUCUUGGCAURGUUUGGUCACUAAUCAAAAAAUAAAAAUAAAAAGUACAUUUUUGAGUUACUGAUUUGUAGUUUUAACAGRAUCGUCACAUUUCAUCUGAAUGCACAGCAGGUCGAUCUUUUGCAGACUGGCCCUAAGGUUUGCAUCACUCCACAUUUUUAAAUGUUUUAAAAACCGUAAGCUAGUCUGCUUUUGAACUGAAUGCCUUCACACUCACUGAAAUKAAACUUGGACACAUCCUCUCUUGGCUGCAAGUCUGACCUCUACUCAAUGUUUGUGCAAUGGAUUGUUUUAUCACAGCGAUUGACUAAUUGACUCCUCKGUUAGUUUUUGUGGCACAUAAACUGAUUUUAUUUCAGUCCUGCAACUUUUGGGAGGGAAUGAAAAAAAAGAAACAAGUGAAUUUCAGAGUGAACAUCUUCCAUCGGACGGAAUGUUUCAUGGACUGCAAAAAAACGAGUCUUUGUUCGUUUGUCUUGUUUUUGUCAAGUUGUUUUUGGACAGUUCUGAGUUACGGAUGAUAUUUGCACACUGAGUCAGAGUGGCGGCGGCCCUCUGCGGACGCCUGAGGUCAUAACGCGACACGACUGGGAAAAGUUGGRAAUUGGACGAUGUGGUUAGACAUUUGAACUUCGCCGCAUCCUCCUACUGAACUGCAUUUUUUAAAAGUAUUUAAGCAUCUUUGAAAGGAAAUACUCAACCACUGGGAUAUGUUUCUCAUCCUCUUGUUCUAAUCCAGCCAGUCCUGAAGUAAAUCCAGCUCAUUUGUCAGCUUUAACUAAAGAGAUCGGUGUUAUUGAUCGCAGCAUUCUAGCUGCGAUUCGGUAGAGUCAAUGCAGGUACUCGAGUCUCCGAUCCACCAUUCAGAAUUUCAUUUUGAACAAACUCAACAAAUAACAUCUUUAAGUUGGAUUCAACACUUUUACACAAGUUUACUUGACUGGAUCCGGUUUGUUUUACAGACUCUGCAGCAGAAGCGUUGCUAAGGGAUCAUUGCUUGCAGAUGUACAGUAGCAACUCAAUGGUCCACAAAAUGGGGGCAAAAAAAAAAAAAAGAAAGUAGGAGUGAGUUUGUUACUGCAGUAGAGUGUGGUGAGGAAUGUGUGUGGGACAGCACUGGUGGCUGGCCGCCUUUAUUUAGAAAAAUAUAUAAAUUUAACCUUUUCUCUAUUUUAAUCUGCACACUGUUUUAUUGAGUACAGAGCACCUCUAUUUCUCGUUAGAACCUGAUAGUUAUUUAGUCAUUUACUUGACUUUCUUUCUUCUCGCAUGUUCUGGAGGAAGAAUAAAGUGAGUAGUUAUCACUGUCCUACGCGAACAAACGACCAGAGAAGAUCUCCGUUUUCACACGCCACAGUGUACAGUAUUUUACUGAGUUUGCCUAAUGAGGAGAACAACCACUUUGGCUGAAGGACAUCCUUUGAACCGGCUUUCGACAAGUUUGGAUGAUGCGUCAUGUGUGCCGAUAAAUGCCACUGAGUUUUAAAGAACAGGAGCUCUGUCAUGCUUUCUGUGACAAUGUGUAGAGUACGUCCUCUGGCUUCAUUGCCGUUAAUUGUUGAACAAGUUAGCCGACUGUAACAGAACAAUAAAUAUAUGUUUUUAUAUAUA